UUAUAUUUGAUCGUCCUAUGGAGCAUUUGCAUUAAUACUGGCCCGACUGCCUUGCUACCCCAUCGUCUUGCAAGCGGUUUGACUUCAUUAGCUUCUCUGAGUCUUACAACGAAGAGUCUGGAAGCGUACAUCAUUUCGAUGAGUGAGACGUUCGAGGACGACUUUGAGAUCAUUGACGAUGCCGACGACCCCGAGAUCAUCGCGCUGACUGAGUUGGGGACAACACUCAUUCAGGCUAUCCUGGAGAAAGAACCUAUCUCAAACGUGCAAGAUUUAAUAGACGCAGGAGCACCGCUGUGGUAUCAAGACGAUGAAGGUACUUCAGCUCUGCAUGCUGCUGCCUACGUCGAAAACGAGCAGCUCGUGAAGUUACUCAUCGAGGAAGGCGCCGUCUGGAACGCAGUCGACAACUUGCAGAAUACUGCUGGUGAUAUUGCAUUGUCGCUCAACAAUGUAGAGUGUUACAACCUAAUCCGCGACGCAGGCAUCCGAUCAGAGUUACUUUUGACCUUACUUUCGUCCCAGACAUACUUGAAUCCCACUCCGUCAUCAUUUGUGUUUCGGGACGUGGACAACUCUGCAGUUGCAUCCACAGAUGCCUUUUUGUCGUCUAAGUUGCGCUACACUCAAGAUGUCCAUGGCCAGGAUAUUUGCCUGCUUGACCUCGAUGAUGGCCAAGAAGUGGGCGUUAUGAUGGGAUGGGAACGGGAGAUCAUGCAGAAAACCGUUGAGAAAUUAUGCAUCGAUCACGAAAAGAAAAAUCUAGGGUUGAAAGUCCUUAAUGUCGGGUUUGGUCUUGGUAUAAUCGACAAUUUCUUCCAAAAUCUCAGCACACCCCCUGCAUUGCAUGUGAUUGUAGAGCCCCAUCGUGACGUUCUCGCUCAUAUGAAAGAACAAGGGUGGUACGACAAAAAGGGAGUGAGCAUAUUGGAGGGCAAGUGGCAAGACUGCAUUGCUAGCGAGGCCCUUCAAGGAUUUGGAAAAUUUGACAUCAUCUAUACGGACACCUUCUCAGAAAACUAUAGCGAACUCCAUAAUUUUUUCAAACAUCUACGAGAACUUCUAGCGAGUCCUGAAUCGAGGUUCAGCUUUUUCAAUGGCCUGGGCGCAACCAACGCGCUAUUUUAUGAUGUGUAUACUCGGUUGUCGGAACUGCACCUUGCCAAUGCUGGAUACGAUGUUGUCUGGAAUGAUGUGGAUGUGAGCGCUCAAAAAGAAGAAGAAAGAUGGGGUGAAACGCGAAAGUACUUCUCUUUGCCAAUUUACCGUUUACCCAUAGCGAAGCCCAAGCAAAUCUAAAACAUGAGAUCAUUUUGGACUAUCAUUUUGACAGUGUAGUAAAAGGUAGUCAAUGCGAGCUAAUGACUCUUACCGCUCAUGAGCUCAAAAAGACCCGCCACAGCAAUGAGUAUCUUAU